UCUUCCAAGGCCGCCCCCGGAAAGUCUGCCUCUCUCCGUAGGAUACCUACCGAUCCUGAUUUCAAAGAACCUCGAAGUCGCGGAACGAGUGUCUGGUUGGUUGAGUCGUCGCAGAGUCGGCGACUUUUCAGAUGAUAGUACCUUGUGGCUGACUAUCCGAAGGUCCGCUCUCCCGCCAUUCGUUUCCCCGUUCGGAGGGUAGGGUGAUGCGGGAUCGGGAUGGCGCUGCAUCAACGUGUGCACGGGGCCUCAGCCGGGUCCAGGACGACUCCCGGCGAGUCCAGAACAAUGGGAACGGGCCAUCCGCGGGUGCUGCUGGUCAUCCUGGCCCUGUUCACGCUAGCAGGGGCUGUCCCGCCGGUCCCGCCGCGCGCACCGUCUUCCGACGUGGCCGUUGGUGUCGGGGGCGCAGGGGGAGCAGAGCUAGCCGAACUGGCCGAGCGCGAGGUGGCAGCCAACGGCACGAAUUCCGCCCUGUCGGCGAAUGAAGGCGGGGACAGGUACACCACAGGAACCAUCCGGGAGGCCCUGGGAGGAGGGGUGGUGGAGGUGGACAUGGGCUCAGGGCACGCAGGGCCGACAGGGCCGCCCGAGCGACUGCGCACCGGGGGCAGCCGCUGCAGCAAGCCGCAGGAGUGUAUCAGGGUGGACCAGUGCCCCCCCAGGGAUUCCGGCGUCCUAUUCGAGUGCGCCGCGGGUAGGGUGUGUUGCGUCCCCGCGACUUCCCAUGGACCCCCGCCAGUCUCCAGCCCAGCGUCGAAUGGGGCUCCCCACCUGGUCGAGGUGCCACAACAACAACCCCAGCAGCAACCCCCACGCAACCCAGCGCAGCACCCUGCUACUCAGCAAUUCGCUCAGCACCCCGCGCCGCAGCCCGCUCAGCACCCGGCGCCCCAUCCCGCUCAGCACCCAGCGCCGCAGCCCACUCGGCAACCAGCGCCGCACCCCGCUCAGCACCCAGCGCCACAGUCCGCUCAGCACCCAGCUCCGCAGCCCGCUCAGCACCUUGCCCCGCACCCCACUCCACAACCUGCUUACCAAUCUACUCAGCAGCCUCGACCACAGCCCAGCUAUCAAGAGAGUCCGAAACCACGUCCAGGCCUCCAAGUAACACCUCAGCAAACUAGUACUAGCCCGCAGCAACCCCAACGUCCUCAAGUCACGCCCCAGCAGCCAGUGGACCCCCAGCCUCCUCACACUUACCACCAACCUCCUAAUGUCACAACGCAUCAAUCACAGCAUCAGCAAGAGGCCCCUCGUCCACAGCCCCCCAAAUUCACGAUUCACUUGGAGCCCCAAACGCAGCGAGUCCCCACAAAGACGUCCCCUGCACCCCCUACCCCCGCCUCCGCCCUGCCAGACGCCCCCCACAGCCCGGCCGAGGGCGCAAAGACGCCAGACCCCGCUCCGUCCGACCUCCUGCCCGGUACGAACACGUGCGGCAAAGUGGGGACCGAAAACAGGAUCAUCAACGGCAAGAUUGCCAGCAUCGGCCAGUUCCCCUGGAUGGCUCUUCUUGGGUACCGCAGCAGUGCUAACGUGACUUUCCUCUGUGGCGGAACUCUCAUCAACGACAGAUACGUCCUCACCGCAGCGCACUGCAUCCGGUCGCAGAAUAGGCCAGUGGUGGUGCGAUUGGGAGAAUUUAACUUGACGGAGCCAGUGGACUGCGACCACAACAAGGUGUGCGCCCCACCGCCUCUAGACAUCGCGGUCGAGGGCAUCGUCUCGCACGCAGAGUUCAAUAUCCGUAACAUAAAGCAUGAUAUUGCCCUCGUCAGGCUUAGCAGAAGCGUCAUCGAGUACACGGACUUCGUUCGCCCCAUUUGUCUACCAGUAGGACUUAACGUGACCGACGACAAGAAGUUCAAAAUAGCCGGUUGGGGAAAGACUGACUUUAGGGACGCAGGAGGCAGCCCCGUGUUGCAGUUCACUGAUGUGAACGGCGUCGGCCACGAGGAGUGCAACGAGCUGCAACCACCAGAGCUGCAGCCCCUGGAUCCGGGCCAGUUGUGCGCAGGGGGUGACAAGGGCAAGGACGCCUGCAAGGGCGACAGUGGCGGCCCGCUCAUGGUGACCCUGGUGAACGAGGACCUGGGGGGCUCCACCGUCACGUACCAGAUCGGCGUGGUCUCAUACGGGCCCGACAGCCCUUGCGGUACCGCACCCCUGCCCUCCAUCUACACACGGGUGUCCGCGUACGUACCAUGGAUCCUCGACACCAUCAGACCAUAGGUCUACGUCCACAGCCUACAGUCAACGUCACCGAAAUGAUCGAGAAUCUCGCAAGAAAUAGACAACGAAUAAAAUUCCAAGGUGCAACCGAUCUGGAAUUCGAAGAUGAAAAGGGACGUUAACACUGUGCGACCUUACUCCUUCACACUUACUACAAGCUAUCCGUCACGAUGCCCUCUUCCGACUGAACUUAUUUCAAUUUUAAAGGAGAAAGCAAAAGAAGAAUGUAAUAAAUUCUGUUUUUCGUAUUUGUUAUUAAUGAAUAAAUUACAUUAUAAACAAGGCAAAACAAUAAACCAGAAUCAAACAAAA